CACAAGCCUGGGGAUUGUCCGCCCGACCCCUGACUCCUCACACCCUUUCUCCCUGAAAAUCCAGAGCUUGACAUUUGACCAGCCUCAGAAAUCCAACCUCUGACCUCAGACUGCAUGCCCCUCCCCCACCCAGCGGUGACCUCACAAAGGUCACCCACUUUGCUCAGGGACCCAGACCCUCAGUUAUGGCCCUGCUGGCCCAAGGCAGUACUGUCCCAUCUGCCCUGGUGGCCCUCAUGGUCUUCAGGGGCCCCGCCUGGGCCUGUCUCUUCUGCUUCACAUCCUAUGAGGAGCGUGUCCGCAUCUGCCAGAUCUUUGCUGGUGUAGAGGGCCCUGAGCUGGAGAAGUGUCAGAAGGCGUUCAUCACCGCCUUUCAGGGCCUCCUAGACAUUGAAAUCAAUGACUAUGAGAGAAACCACCUGCAUGAUGCCUUCACCCAGAUGACCCACUCUCUCCAGGAGAUGGCCAUGGCCCAGGGCUCCUUUAAGGUUGCUUUUCCCAACGCUGCGAAGAAAAUGCAGGAAGUCAUUAAGAAGCUUAAAGAAGUCGAGGCCUGCAUCCCUCCCUGCGGGGUCCAGGAGGCGAGCCGGAGUUUCCGCUGCCGCGGGUGCUACUCCGACGUGUGCGAACUCUCGCUGGAUUGCCCAGUCCAGGACUGGACAGUGACUCGAGGUCAACAGGCUAAGUUCUCUUGCUCUGUGAACUUCUCGCUGCCUAAGGAGGAAAUCACGUAUUCCUGGAAGUUCGCAGGAGGAGGUGUCCGGACGCAGGACCAGUCCUACUUCCGAGACAUCCUGCAGGCCCGAGGAAACCUGGUGCGGAUCCGGCCGGUGCAGCUCAAGCACCGCGGGACCUACUGCUGCGAGAUCUCGCACGACCAGUUCCCCGUGGCGCGGGUCUAUUUCUUUCUUAACGUGACAGGUGCGCCCCCGCGUGGGGAGACCAAGCUGCAGGUCUCCUUUCGGAAAGUGCUGGACUGGGCGCCCCGGGAGGCGGAGAUGAUUGAAUCUUGGAGGCCAAGCCUGGGCGAGCUGCUGGCCAGUUCCGGGGCUCUGACGCCCAGCAACCAGUGUCUGCUCGCCGCCGCCGCGGCCUUAGCAUCAGCCAGUGCGACCCUUGUGGUGUGGAUGUUCUUUCGAUGGUACUUCAAGGGCAACUAACAAAGGUAUCUUUUUCUUACUUCCUUAUCCUGUUUUCAUUCCUAUAAUAAAGAAUAUAUGUCAGCUCUCUA